CAGACAAGAAACUUAUAAGACUUAAUUAGAUCGGUGGUAAUACUACAAUCGACACAUAUAUAAGCAAAAUAUUUCUUCCAUUCCUGUUAACAUAUCCAUUUUGAUCAGAUUUGAAAUUUUUUUAAAUUGUGAUCUAUUUAGUUAAUCUUGUUCAUUGAUAAAACAUUAUUAUCAAAGUCAUAGUUGGUAAACUAUCCAAUUUUAGAUUUGUUCGCAACAUAUCGACAAUGGAUAAACGAUCUUUGAAUGAAAAUCAGCAAUCAUCGGAAGAAUUAUCAUCAAUAGAUAUAAUUAAAAAAUAUCUUCGAAAUCGUUCAGAUGCUGAAAUUCAAUAUUCUCGAAAUGUUUUACGAAUUAAUAAAGAAUUUCGUAAUGAUUUGUCGAAUUUCCAAAACACUAAUAACAACAACAUGAAUUCGGAUAAGAAUCGAAUGGUCAAUUCGAAAAAUCAAUCAUCAUCAUCAACAUCGAAACCGAUUGAAAACGAUUCAGUAAGGAAUAAGGAUCAGCAACAACAACAACAACAACAACAACAUCAACAACAGCAACAACAACAACAACAACAACAUCAACAACAGCAACAUCAACAGCAACAACAAUCGAAAAAUUCCAAACAAAGACCAACAACUACCGCCAACAAUUCAAAUGAUUAUUUAAAACGAAAAUCCGACCAUAUUGAUAUUGAUUCCAAGAAAUCAAAUAAUUUAGUUAAUUCCGAUGAUUCUGAUGAUGUUGAUGAGGGAAAUUCUGAUUUAUUAGAUGGAAAAUCAACAUAUUUAAAUGGUGAAUUUAUUUGUUCAUUUAAAGGAUGUACAUAUAAAUCGAAUAAUGUUAAAUAUCUGCAGUUACAUCAAAAUGCACAUUAUUCUCAUGCAAAAAUAUAUCCAUGUCCAAAAUGCUCGGCUGUUUUUCUUAGCGAACCUGGUCUACAUGGUCAUGCNCAUUCCUGUUAA